GAAAUGCUUUAUCGGAGCUGUUAGUCCUUAAAGCUGUUAGUCCAUCACACAGAGGGAGUCUCAUUUUUGGAUCCUAUAAACCAUGGACAGGACCGAGAAAUAUUAAAACUGAAUACUUUGCGUGGACUAAGGUAACCUGAGCUCCGACAUGGACGCUGAAAGUCUCAUUCAGCACAUCGAAAGAGAUGUGGAGGCCACCUCUUUCCCCUUAUCGAUGACCACCGAGUGGCUGGACGACGGUAACGAGACGUCCGGGAAUCAGUUCCAGCAGCCCAACUGGCAGGUGGCUCUCUGGGCCAUCGCCUACUCCGUCAUCAUCCUGGUGUCCAUCACUGGGAACGUGACGGUGAUCUGGAUCAUCCUGGCUCACAGACGCAUGAGGACUGUAACCAAUUACUUCAUCGUCAACCUGGCUUUCUCGGACGUUUCGAUGGCGACCUUCAACACUCUUUUCAACUUUGUUUAUGCGCUUCAUAACGACUGGUACUUCGGACUCGGUUACUGCAGGUUUCAGAACUUCUUCCCCAUCACAGCCAUGUUUUCCUCAAUAUAUUCCAUGGCUGCCAUCGCAGUCGACAGGUACAUGGCCAUCAUCCACCCUCUGAAGCCUCGCCUCUCCUCCACGUCGACCAAGGUUGUGAUUGCACUCAUAUGGAUUGUAGCCGUGUUGCUGGCUUUCCCUCAGUGUUACUACAGCGUGACUCAGUUUUACUACCCGAGGACCGUGUGCCUGGUUGCCUGGCCCGAUGAUUAUGGAGGCACCCACCAACUCAGCUACCAGUUUGCAGUCAUAUUGCUGAUCUACUUGCUCCCUCUGCUGGUGAUGCUGGUGACCUACAGUUUAGUGGGGCUGUCGCUGUGGGGCGGGCACAUCCCCGGGGAGGCGUCAGACCACUACCACAACCAGAUCACUGCCAAGAGAAAGGUGGUGAAGAUGAUGGUGGUUGUGGUGGUGACCUUUGCCCUCUGUUGGCUGCCCUAUCACAUCUACUUCAUACUGGGAUCAUUCAACAGAGACAUUUAUAAACGACAUUACAUUCAACAGGUGUAUCUUGCCAUAUUUUGGUUGGCAAUGAGCUCUACCAUGUACAAUCCUAUAAUUUACUGCUGUCUAAACCAAAGGUUUCGUGCCGGUUUCCGUUACGCAUUCUCCUGGUGUCCUUUCAUCAAAGCGUCCGAGGAGGAUAAGAUGGAACUGCAGCACACACACACCUUCAGAGUCACCAUGACACGCAGCCACCGCAGCGACACGUCAUACACGCACGCCUCCAUAAAGGCCAACAGCUCAUAUGGCGCGAGCAUGGCCGUGCCCGGCGAGAUGAGCUCGGACCGAGACUCCAGUGUGCAGCUCAGGAAACACACCUGCAGCACAAACAACACACACCCAGUGAAGAAGCUGAAAGAUAUGAAAUCCACCACUGCUAGAUUCAUGGAAAACACCCACUGACUGCAGAAGGAAAACCUCAUCAGGACGUGAGGCAUGAGGCAUGAAGUUCUCCGUACACGCUGCUACUGAACUUGCAGUAAAUAAACUGUCGCCGUUAAAGACAGAGAGCCAGAACUCCAGAAGGACGGUGUCUGAGAGGAAAUCCUUCAAGAAAACUCAUUCUUGCUGCUUCGGCCUGGGACCAUAGACAUAGUUUUGCUCAACAUGUUCAUUGAAUGAAUGUGGUUAUCAAAGCUGAAACACAUGUUCUUGCUCUUGAUGCCAAAGUGGUGAAAUAUAUGAAAAACCUACUGGAAAACAAAGAAGGUUCGUUCUGGCAGGGUAACGUGUGCUGCUAAUCAGGAGCUUUGAAGAUGAAGCCAGUCCAUAUUUAUUUAUUUAUUUAUUUAAUUUAUUUAUUUAUUUAUCUCAAAGCCUUCUCAUCUGCGGCUGCCUCGUUGUCCUAUUCUUUCAGUACUGACGCUUUUCUUCUUCCUCUCCUCGUCGGUUCUGUAUAUUUCAGUGUUGUUGAAGAAACGUAACGGUGCCUACUGUCUUAGUGCAUUGAAUGGAUGAGCAGUCCUCUGGCAUCAGCACCAAGCCUUAAUAUUGUCGUCUGCUGUCGCAUGCUUUCUUUGUUUGAUGCAGGUCUUUAAAGGGAACAUUUGAAAGCUUCAUUCACUGGUUCCUAAUUUAUCCGAGGAGCCUCUGGAUAUUGUCAACAUUUAAAGUGAAAAAUAAAGUGCAGCUUAGUUUUUACAGCCUUCACCAUACUGAAGAUUUUACGAAAGUCAAUAACUCAGCACUUUUAAUAUAGUUUCUGCUCAGAGAAGGAGAAAGGUGGAAAGACUCAAGAGCCAAAUUCUCCUCCUCUUCUUCUUCUUCUUCCUUUGGUGCAGCGCUGAUUUGGACCCUGGGAUCAUUUUCUCACUGACGCAAAAAACUUCUGCCUUGGUUUUUGCAGGAAGUUCCCGGAUCACCGGCUGUCCGGCGAGCACGUUCUGACAUUGUACAGCAUUUCUUUGACAUAGCGGUCUUGUAGUGUGCAUUGAUACAGUAUGUGGCUUAACUUCACUACUUUUUAAAGUUGUUGUUGCUUUUUGUGCAGUAAUGUCUCGAAGAAAAAAGUGCCUGUAUAUAGAAAAAUCUGAAAAUGUAACACUGCCAUGUAUUUAAUAUAUUGAUGUAAAACCUGUGAAUAUGAGAUGUAAAUAUGACAUUUGUAAUGGGUGCAGAUUCAGAUCAACAUGUUUUUAAAUACUGUGUAACCUGUGAGCCUUUCAGAAUGUAGUGGAAAACCCUUUGAAAAUUAUAUGCAGCGACCGCAUGAACACAUUUGUUGUCUAUAAAAGUUUUGCUGUUUGUGACAUUGGUGAAAUAUGAUAUUAAUGUGCCAUUGGGAAUAAAAUUGU